UGUGACUCCUAUGAUUCUUCUCCCCAUUUUCCUGCUUUUCAGCAUUAUUGGACUUUCAGCUGCAAGUGAAUGUCCGUCGGGAUGGAUCUUCAAUCCAAGUACAACAGAAUGUUAUUACUUUUCAACAAAACUCUACACAUUCGAUGAAUCCGUUCAGUUCUGUAGCUCAAUCGGUGGAAAAUCUGUAUCAAUUGAUACUUAUGCUGAAAGAGAUGCACUUGUUGCAAUGACAAAUACAACAAUGUUACAGCCAUGGCUCGGAAGUAGAAGAAAUACAACUAAUAACCAAUUUUAUAAUAUUGAUCAUAGCUAUUUUUAUUCCUUUAUGUGGACUAAAAACGAGCCAAGUGUAAACGGUGAUUGCGUGACUUUCAAAGGAGCAACUCCAUUUGGACUACAAGUCACACAGUGCUACCAAUUCCAGCCAGCGUUUUGCAAACAGACUCCUGCACUCUGCAAUGGCGGAGUUUUCGGUGGUUCAGACAAGUGGACAGGAACUAUUCAAUCUCCAGGAUAUCCAGUACAGUACUACAAUAAUCUCAAUUGCAAUUACCUUAUCAUUUCCCCGAACAAUACGUUCAUCACAAUUCUAUUCUCCCCAUUUUUGGUUGAAGAAUGGUAUGAUCUCGUGGAUGUUUUUGAUGGUAACUCGACAAAUUAUGUUGACCAUAUUGGACAAGUAUCUUCAUACAAUUUGGCUCGGGGAUUUGAAUCGUCUACAAACAUGAUGACUGUUCGAUUCAAGACAAAUUACGAUAUUACCGAUAAAGGAUGGUUGGCCACGUGGAAAGCAAAGAAGGAUAUGCCAGUUAUAAGUCAAAGUGGAUCAAAUGGGACAAUGGUUUCACCCAACUAUCCAUUAACCUAUGAUUCAUACGAUGAACAAGUCUAUCAAAUAAGUGUUGCCUGGGGAAUGCAGGUCAAUUUAACAAUUGAUGUAUUUCGAACGGAGAACAAAUAUGAUUAUUUAAAUAUUUAUAACAGCACCACACAGUCGAAUAGUACUCUUGUAACAACAUUAUCCGGACAAUCCGUAGCUCCAUUCAACUACAUUUCUCCAAGAAGCUACAUGUCAAUGAAAUUUGUAUCUGAUGGAUCACUUCAAUACACCGGAUGGCACGCAUUUUGGAGCAUUUGCUAAUUGAAAUUAUUUAGAACCAAAUUCAAUCUUCCAACUUGAUCUUAAUACCACCAGUGAUCAGUUACAUUUGUAGUCUGAAAAUGUGCUCUAGAAAUUAACACUGACGCAAACAGUGUGCAUGUAAUAAAUAUCUAAUUUGUCUC